ACGUAAUAAUUCUCGCAGCAUGUCGGAACAGACUCAGCCAAGGCGGUCUGCGAGCUUAUUUAGACGUAGAUCUAGAAGUUCCUCCGUCGCAUCUUCAGUAAAAAAUGGUUCAUCUCCCUAUCAGCAGGAAGAUUUACCACCAGUUCCACCGAUGCCUGACAAUGCAAACGAAAAAGCGAAGAAGAAGUUUGGACCUAUCCCAGUCCCACGAUUUGGUAUCUCUCGCACUUCGUCUAAGCAAUCUACCGCCAACAAUGACAGAGUGCACAAAGAGGACGUAAAGGAGGGUUUCAAGAAGGAUGAACAGCAUGCAAAGGUCCAUUCCUUCGAUCCAAAUGAACCAACUUCACAGAAAGAAGCGGAAUUAAAAGAAACACAAAAGAGCACUACAGAUGGCGUAGAAGGCGAUAACCUUCCUAAACCACCUACAAAAGAUGAGGAACAGCCUGAAGCCGUUCCAGAAGCCUCUAUAGUCCCUCCAAAGCAACAAAAGACCACUCCAGCUCAGACAACAGCACAGAAAGGCGAAGAAGCUUUCAAGUCUGCUCCAAUUUAUGCUAUCGAUGAUAUUCCAGGUUACCUGUCACAUAAAGAAGAUAACCUUCCCUCAACUACCCUUCCAAAGUGGUACAUGAGGUCAAAGGAAUUACCAGAUAGUCUUGGCGCCCAGUCAUUCGAUAUCACCGGUGCUGAGGACGACGGUGGAUCAACUUUACUUCCUGAAAAGUUCUACGGUCAAUGGUUUCACAACGCAGCUGUCGUACUCGUUUCUUCCUUGUUUACUUAUACUCUUGCCUAUUUCAAUUUCGGUAUUGGUCCUUUGGCGAUCGUGGGAAUUGCAUCAGUCACGUACUACAACAUUAGUAUUUCGAAAGUAGACAAAGAUGUUAAAGACGGUAUCUCAAGACAACUCAUGAAACCAGCGCUUGAAUCUGAAUCUGAAUCAGCCGAUUGGGUUAACAACUUCUUAAUGAACUUCUGGACCCAUCUUGAACCAUACAUUUGUGAGCAAGUCAUCACUAAUGUCGAACCAAUCAUUGCACAAUAUAAACCAGGCUUUAUCAAGUCCGUUAGAUUAGCUCAUCUCACACUUGGUAGCAAGGCACCAAGGAUUUUGAGUGUCAGAACUUGGCCAUCCACAGCUGACAACAUCAUCACCAUGGAUUGGAAGGUUGCCUUCACACCAGCCAACUUAGGUCCUCUUGGUGAAGGUCAAACAGAAGGUAUUGUCAACCCAAAGAUUGUCGUUCAGGUUGUCGUUGGAAAUGGUAAAUUUACUACAACUUUACCUGUUAUAUUAGAAGACUUUAGUUUCCUUGGUAACAUGAGAGUCAAACUUACGCUCAUUAACGAUUUCCCUCAUGUCAAAUUGGUAGAUUUAUCAUUCAUCGAAAAACCAGAAUUCGACUACAUUGCUAAGCCUAUCGGUGGUGAAAGCUUCGGUUUGGAUGUCAACUACAUCCCUGGUUUAACUACAUUCAUUAGAGAACAAGUUUAUGGUAUUAUGCAACCAAUGAUGUUUGAUCCUAAUGUGUUCACACUCAAUUUGCAAGAAAUUCUUGCUGGUGGUGCAUUGGAUUCGGCAUGUGGUGUUUUGGUGAUCACUAUUCGUCAGGCAAGAGGUUUACGUUCUACCAAGAUUGGCAGUGGUGCACCUGAUCCUUAUACUACCAUCACGGUUGGUAAUUCUAAGACCAUUAAUGACAAAACAAAGACACUCACUUCAACGGAUAAUCCAGUAUGGAUGGAAACUAAAUACUUACUAGUUAACUCACUCAACGAUCAAUUGGUUUUGAAUGUUUACGAUUAUAAUGAAGUUCGUAAAGAUUCCGACAUUGGUUUGGCUACAAUUAACCUUCAAUCACUCGCAAAUGAUCCAGUUCAAGAGCUUGUUAUUGCCAAGUUGCUUAACGGUGGUAAGGAGAGGGGUGACAUUAGAUUCGAUCUUAACUACUAUCCUGUCAUGGAACCACCAAAGGAGGGUGAAUCAUUGGAAGCUGUACCAGACUUACCUACAGGUGUUGUCAGAUUAUAUGUUCAUGAGGCUAAAGAUCUCGACACUUCUAAGUCUAAACUCGGUCGUAUCAAUCCAGCAGCAAGUGUCUUCGUGAAAGGUAAACAAGUGCAACAAACUAACAUGGUCAGACACACUAAAUCACCUGUUUGGGAUUCUCAUAGUGAAUUUUUGGCAGCCAACAAGGACAAAACUAAAAUGCAAGUUAAAAUCUAUCACGCACACAACUUUAAGCCAUCCAUGCCCCUUGCAACUGUUAACGUAGACCUCAGUGAUCUACUCGACGCUGAUGAUAAGGAAGGAAAGUGGUACAACCUUGGUAAGACAUCCGGUCAAGUUAGAUUAUCAGCAUCAUUCAAAUCUGUUGCAAUGGAUGGCGCUCUUGAUGGUGCAGGUCAAUACACCCCUCCAAUUGGUUUAAUUAGAGUAUUUUGCAAGUGCGCUCAUGAUCUCAAGAAUGUCGAGGCUGCAUUCGGCGGUAAAAGUGAUCCAUACAUUAAGGCAAUUCUCGGUGGUAAAGUUUACGGUAGAACAAAUGUCAUUGAUAAUAAUCUCAGUCCCGUAUGGAAUGAACACCUUUACAUUCCAAUACACUCAUUGAGGGAUGUUAUUUAUCUUGAAGCCGUCGAUUAUCAAAAUCUCACGAAAGACAGACCGUUGGGUCACACAACGCUUAGAGCUAGAGAUAUUAUUAAAGAGAAUGACAAUGACGAAGAGAGAAAGAAUAUGCCAUACAUUGCUACCGGUAUUAACAGACGUACAUCACCAAUGAAACUUGAUAAGGGUGGAUACAAGGGUGAAUUAGAAUACCAGGCUGAAUUCAUCCCUGCAUGGAAGAUAAAAGGCAGCACAUUCGAGAAUGAAGAGGAGAAGAAAGAAGAGGAAGCCAAGAUCGCAGAAGAGAAGAAAGAGGAAGAGAAAAACAAGGAAGAAAAUGGUACUGAAAACGUUUCUGGUGAGGAAGAAGAAGAAGAAGAGGAGAGUGCUGGUCUUGAAUUAACCGAAGAUGAGCUUCUCGAGAGAGAAUCCGGUAUUCUAGUCGUUAAUUGCGAAUCUGGUGAAUUGGCACAUAAGAAUUCUCGCUUGGAGUUCCUCCUUGAUGAUGCAAUCUGGCCAACAUUCAGCACAGAGAAGGCACGCUCAAAGAAGGCUAACUGGAAUCACAUUGGAGAGGGUCUCGUACGUGAGCUGUCAUUCUCGCAAUUGAGAAUAAGAUUGAAUACUGGUGAGCAAGAUGAAAAUGACCAGGUUUAUGCAGAAACAAGCAUGGAUGUUAGGGAAUUCCUCUAUCGUACGCUCAACAAGGAGGCAGAAUUUACUCUUUCAAACGAUGAAGGCGAUAAUACGUCAAAGCUUAAAUUAUCAUCUAGAUACGUACCUGUCGAGAUUGAGUUGAGUCUUAGAGAGUCAGUCAACAACCAAGGUAACCUCAGGGUAGAGGUACACAAUGCAAAGGGAUUAGCGAGUGCUGACAGAAAUGGUAAAUCUGAUCCAUACGCUGUCUUCCUCUUGGAGGGCGAAAAAGUCUACAAGACUGAAACUAAAAAGAAGACACUUAAUCCAGAAUGGGAUGAGUACUUCGAAGUUGAAGUGCCAAACAGAGUUGAUGGUAACUUCAUGAUUGAAGUUUACGAUUGGGAUAGAAUGUCAGCCGCUGAUUUACUAGGUGUUGCUAAGGUAGACUUAACUGCAUUUGAACCACUAGAAUCUACAGAGUUCACUUAUGACCUUAAAGACGGUGAGAGUGGUGACCAAGGUAACAUCAAAGUCAGUUUCGUCUUUAAACCUUCCUUUAUUAUCAAGACACGCUCCCGUACCUCCACUUUCAGCCAUGCUGGUAGAGCGCUUACCCAAGUCGGUGGCAUUGGUAUCGGUGCUGGUAAGGGCGUUGUACAUGGUGCAGGUCAUAUCGGAAAAGGUGCGAUGUCAGGUGCUGGAUUCAUCGGUUCAAAUGUCGGUGGUGCGGUAGGCAAAGCAGGAGGCUUGUUCCAUAUUGGUAAGAAGAAAUCACCAUCUAUGGGUGGUAAUGAAAGUUUCGUCGAUGAGGGUAACAGCGCUCCAAGAUCGAAUAACGCUCAAAUGUCAGACAAACCUGCUUCCAGAGUUGAAGUCGGUGAUUUGAAUGUCACGAUUGUUAAAGCGUGGGACUUGAAGGGCGAAGGUCAUCACGAACAGCCAAAACCAAAACCAGUUCUAAGAAUGGGAAGAUACAAAGUUGAAGGCAAGUCAGCUGGAAAGACGAGCGAGCCAAGCUUUGACGAGUCAUUUAUCUUGCAUACCAAACCGGAGAAGCCAACAUUCAGUAUCGAGAUCGUAGAUAAGCAUCUCUUUGGUGAUCGCCAAAUUGGUUACAAUAAUGUCAUGAUUGGUCAUUACAUCCAUCCAGAAAAGAAUGAAAACUCUGCUGAAUUCGACCUCGAACUUCUUGGCGCUGGAGGUUAUGUUACUCUUAAACUACAAUGGUCUCCUAGUGAGAGCCGACCAUCAACAUCCUCGAUGGUUAAUGAUACUACUAAUGAUAAUACUGAAGCAGAUGACACUCAAUCGGUUUCAUCAAAAUUAAAAUCAGGCAAGUCCUCAAGAUUUGCUUCACUAGGCAGAAACUCUGUACAUAAGGACCGUUAAAUUGGAACCUCCUGACGAUUUUAUGAUAUAUUCUUUUUUUUUUGAAAAAGAGAUUACACACGUUUAUAUCUCACUAUUUGUCCAAUUCGAUAACAAAAAUACAUAAUUGUUCAAUUU